CGAAAGGAGGGUGAGCGAGGGAAGAGAAGUAUGGAAAGCUGGUUGAACACUUGACACUUGUCCUCCUCCUCCCGUGCGAAACGUGAGCCAUGACGCCAAUUAUUCUUCAGUCCCAAAAUUCCAACAACACACACAUAUAUAUUAUAUCUAAAUGUAUCUAUACACUGACAGCACACAGUGAUGUGUUUCUGUACGUCAUUGGGGCCGUGAUCAUAAAAAUGCUCCCGUAUCUCUUGAAUUCUUGAACCCCCUCUGAUCUACUCAGCAACCUUUCUAAGCAAAGAUCAAGAGGUGUAGAAACUAAGGAGUUAUGGGGAGUCUAUGGACUUUGUUUUGUGGGGAAACCAAUUGUUCAGACGGCCUGGAGAAUGGGUGUCGUGCUGAUUUGAUCUUUCUAACCCGCCCUUCUUCAUGCAUCAAUCAUGCCUUAAUAAUUUGUUUCGAUGUCCUGCUCCUGAUCAUGUUCUUCUUCACUAUAUUCUCCAAGACAUCAUUCAAGUCUUCACAUAUGGCUGCAUCUUUAUGCAAAAUUUCAAGUUUGCAGCUGGUGUCAGCUCUUUAUAACGGUUUUCUGGGAUUUGUUUAUUUUGCUCUCGGAGUCUGGAUUUUAGAAGAGAAAUUGAGAAGAACUCAAGCUUAUCUACCUCUGCAUUGGUGGAUGCUAUUCAUUCUUCAUGGGUUAAUCUGGUUGUUGCUCGGAUUAACUGUGAGCCUCAGGGGACAGCAGUUUCCAAGAGCUCCUUUGAGGCUGUUAUCGAUUCUUGCCUUCCUCUCUGCUGGACUUUCUUGCAGUUUAUCACUUUUUACCGCGAUUCUUGUAAAAGAGAUGACAAUUAAGAUAGUCUUAGAUGUAUUGUGGUUUGUGGGAUCGAGUUUAUUGAUAUUGUGUACUUACAAAGGUUUCAGAUAUGGAGGUGAUGAUGAAAAUGAUAUUUAUGAUCCAUUGCUCAGCACUGACAACGGCAGCAGUAAAACUGCUUCUGUCGGAAUUAUGACUCCAUUUGCAAAAGCAAGUUGUUUGAGUAAAUUUACAUUUUGGUGGUUGAAUCCAUUGAUGAAAAGGGGAAAGGAGAAAACUCUUGAGGAUGAAGAUAUACCCAACUUGCGUGAGGAUGAUAAAGCAGAGUCUUGCUACUUGCAAUAUGCAGAGAUAUAUAACAGACGGAAACAAUCUGAUCCAUCAGCCCAGCCCUCAAUCUUAACAACCAUUCUCUUAUGCCACUGGAAAGAAAUCUUCAUCUCGGGGUUCUUUGCUCUACUGAAAGUAAUUACUAUUUCUGCUGGUCCCUUGCUGCUCAAAGCCUUCAUUAAGGUUGCAGAAGGACAAGAGAGUUCCCCAUAUGAGAAAUAUAUACUGGUUUUAACACUUUUCCUUACAAAGAUCCUGGAAUCAGUAUCUCAACGACAGUGGUACUUUAGAUGUCGAUUAAUUGGUCUGAAGGUAAGGUCACUACUCACAGCCGCCAUUUACUGGAAGCAACUAAGAUUAUCGAAUGCUGCUAAACUGAUUCAUUCAAGCGGUGAAAUAAUGAAUUAUGUUACAGUAGAUGCUUACCGUAUUGGUGAAUUUCCGUUCUGGUUCCACCAGAUAUGGACAACUAGCGUCCAACUCUGUUUUGCAAUCAUUAUUCUCUUCCAAGCUGUCGGGCUCGCAACAAUUGCAGCCAUGAUAGUUAUAGUUCUCACUGUCGUUUGCAAUAUGCCCCUUGCUAAAUUACAACAUAAGUUCCAAUCCAAACUCAUGGUGGCACAAGAUGAAAGGUUGAAGGCUAUGACAGAGGCUCUUGUGAACAUGAAGGUGUUGAAGUUAUAUGCAUGGGAAACUCAUUUCAGGCAUGUCAUAGAAAGUUUGAGGAAAAUCGAAGAUAAAUGGUUGAAAGCUGUUCAACUGCGUAAAGCAUACAAUUCAUUCCUAUUCUGGUCUUCCCCUGUAUUAGUCUCUGCAGCUACUUUUGGCGCCUGCUAUUUUCUUGGAGUUCCACUGUCUUCUAGCAAUGUCUUCACGUUUGUAGCAACCUUGCGGCUGGUUCAGGAUCCUGUUAGGAGCAUUCCUGAUGUUAUUGGAGUGUUUAUUCAGGCUAAAGUUGCAUUUGCCAGGAUAGUGAAGUUUCUUGAGGCACCUGAGCUCGAAACUGCAAAUGUCCGAGUGAAAAAGUCGGAAAUAGAUGAUGCAAAUCUAAGUGUUGCUUUCAAGUCCGCCAAUCUGUCAUGGGAUGAGAAUCCACUGAAGCCCACACUUCGAAACUUCAGUUUGACAGUUCAAAAAGGUGACAAGAUUGCUAUUUGUGGAGAAGUGGGUUCGGGCAAAUCUACCCUUCUUGCAGCAAUUCUUGGAGAGGUUCCAAUAACCGAAGGAACUGUUCAAGUUCAUGGGACUAUAGCCUAUGUCUCACAAUCAGCAUGGAUUCAGACGGGAAGCAUUCGAGAUAACAUUCUCUUCGGUUCUGCCUUGGACAACGAGAGGUAUCAAGAUACAUUAGAGAGGUGUUCACUAGUAAAGGACCUUGAGCUGCUACCCUAUGGCGAUCUCACUGAGAUAGGAGAAAGAGGAGUUAACCUUAGUGGUGGUCAAAAGCAACGAAUCCAGCUUGCUCGUGCUCUGUAUAAGGAUGCUGAUAUAUAUCUCUUGGAUGAUCCUUUUAGUGCUGUUGACGCCCACACUGCCACGAGCCUGUUUAAUGACUAUGUCAUGGGAGCCCUUUCAGUGAAGACUGUCUUACUGGUCACUCAUCAAGUUGAUUUUCUUCCUGCAUUUGAUUCUGUUUUGUUGAUGUCAGAUGGGGAGAUUUUGCAUGCUGCUCCUUAUACUCAGUUGCUGGACAAAAGCCAAGAAUUUCAGAAUCUUGUUCAUGCACACAAAGAGACUGCUGGUGCGGAGCGGCUUUCAGAAGUAACUGCAUCUCUAAAGUGUGAGGCUCCUUCAAAAGAGAUUCACAAGACUUAUGCAGAGAAGAAAGCUAAAGCAACUGGAGUUGAUCAGUUGAUAAAGAAAGAAGAGAGGGAAGUUGGUGACACUGGAUUUAAGCCCUAUAUUCUGUAUUUAAAGCAGAACAAUAGAGGCUUUUUGGUGUUUGCUGUGGCUGCUCUCUGUCACUUAACAUUUGUCAUUGGUCAGAUAAUACAGAACUCUUGGAUGGCAGCAAAUGUUGACGAUCCACAUAUGAACACGUUGAGAUUGAUUAUCGUGUACUUGCUGAUUGGAGUUGUGUCAUCUCUGUUUUUGCUCACUAGAACGCUAUCCACCGUCGUCAUGGGCAUGAAGUCAUCCAGAGCAUUAUUUUCACAGCUUCUGAUUUCUUUGUUUCGUGCACCAAUGUCAUUUUAUGACUCUACACCUUUGGGAAGAAUACUAAGCCGGGUCUCCUCUGAUUUGAGUAUCGUUGAUCUAGAUGUCCCCUUCAACUUGGUAUUCACUGUUGGAUCAACCACAAAUUGCUAUGCUAACCUUGCAGUUUUGGCUGUUAUCACAUGGCAAGUUUUAUUCGUGUCUGUGCCAAUGAUCUGUCUAGCUAUUCGCUUACAGAAGUACUACUACUCGUCUGCUAAAGAGUUGAUGCGGAUUAAUGGUACCACAAAAUCUUUUGUAGCAAACCAUCUUGCUGAAUCUGUAGCCGGAGUCAUUACAAUUCGAGCAUUUAAAGAGGAAGACCGGUUUUUUGCCAAGAAUCUUGAACUGAUCGACACAAACGGCAGUCCUUUCUUCCACUAUUUCUCAGCAAAUGAGUGGUUGAUCCAAAGGCUUGAAACCCUUAGUGCAACCGUUCUUGCCUUUGCAGGCCUCUGCAUGGUUUUACUCCCUCCUGGAACUUUUAGCUCUGGAUUCAUCGGAAUGGCUUUGUCCUAUGGUCUCUCGCUGAAUAUGUCCCUUGUGUUCUCCAUUAAUAACCAGUGCAUGUUGGCAAACUACAUCAUUUCUGUAGAAAGACUCGACCAGUAUAUGCACAUACCUAGUGAGGCACCUGAAGUGAUAAACGAUAAUCGUCCCCCUGUUAGCUGGCCAACUGAGGGUAAAGUAGAGAUUCAGGACUUACAGAUCAAAUAUAGACCAGAUGCACCACUUGUUUUACGAGGGAUAAGUUGCAUAUUUGAAGGAGGACAGAAAAUUGGCAUUGUUGGUCGAACAGGCAGUGGGAAGACUACUCUUAUCGGUGCCUUGUUUCGUCUGGUAGAACCUGCGGGAGGAAAGAUUGUUGUGGAUGGAAUUGACAUCUCAAAAAUCGGGCUUCAUGAUUUGAGGUCGCGUUUCGGAAUCAUACCUCAAGACCCGACUCUUUUCACUGGAUCUGUGAGAUACAAUUUGAAUCCAUUAGGUCAACAUACUGAUGAGGAAAUAUGGGAGGUUCUAGGAAAGUGUCAGCUCAAAGAGGCUGUGCAGGAGAAAGAAGGUGGCUUAGAUUCACCUGUUGUGGAAGAUGGAUCAAACUGGAGCAUGGGGCAGCGGCAAUUGUUCUGUCUGGGUCGUGCUUUAUUAAGGAGAAGUAAGAUCUUGGUGCUAGACGAAGCAACUGCAUCAAUUGACAAUACGACCGACAUGAUCUUGCAGAAGACAAUCAGGACAGAAUUUGCGGAUUGCACUGUGAUCACUGUGGCUCAUAGAAUACCAACAGUGAUGGAUUCUACAAUGGUUCUAGCCAUUAGUGAUGGGAAACUGGUGGAAUUUGAUGAACCAAUGAAGCUAAUGAAGAGACAAGAUUCAUUGUUUGGGCAGCUUGUCCAGGAAUAUUGGUCUCAUCAUCAUUCCGCAGAACCAAAAUAAGUGACACUGCAAUAUCUUAUGUAAUGUUUGCACUCUUAACUUUAGAUGAAGGGACUCCGUCAGCUCAGCCAACCUCACCGGAUGGUAGGCAAAUGCUUUCUGCCUAUGUUCCUACAUCCAACCUGGUAGGAGAACAGGUAGGAGAGAUGACAAAAGAGUCGAUGUCCAGGUUUUGUAAUAAAUCAAGGAAUGUAUUUGAAGUCCUAACAUGUAACAAUGUUGCUGAUCUUGUAUAGCUUCAGUUUUAUGAAAUGAACUUGUUCAUUAUGGUGCCA